GUAUAAUAAAUUGAUUUUAGUUGAUAAGUUCAAACGAAAAUUUCUUAUUGAAUUUUCAAAUAACCGAAUGAUAACAAUAGAUCUGGCAACGCCGUACGUCAGAUAAACCACAACAGCUUUGCGGCCCUUAUUAGAAACAAGAAACUUAUUCUGGACUUUUUUUUUAAUUUUAAGUGCAUUUUUCUUUUAGUUUAGGUUAUUAUGUAUUGAAUGUAACUGAAUAUGGACCUGCCUCAACCGCCACAAGACACAGAACUACGAAAUAUUAUCGAUAAACUGGCGCAAUUCGUCGCCAGAAAUGGACCAGAUUUCGAGCAAAUGACCAAAAAUAAACAGAAGGGGAAUCCUAAAUUUCAGUUCUUGUAUGGUGGAGAAUACUAUAAUUAUUAUCAGUUCAAAGUCAGUGCGGAACAAGCCAGUAGUCAUGAAGCAACAAGGUAAUGGAAUAAAUGACCCCAGCAACUGGGCCAACCCCCAAAACCCAAAUGUGCUAGAAAUUGACCAGUUAUCGCAACAACAGGAGGCUCUUCGGGAGCAAAUCAAACAAAGUGAACAGAACUUGUCAGCUCAGCAUACAGUUCUGUUGCAACAACAACAAGCACAAGUUGAAAUUGUGGUUAGCAAAUGUGAAAGCAGGGAUUUACAAACUGAAAGUGAACUGUGUGACGUGAACUUGACUGAGGUGUAUAAUAUAUUACAACCAAUCAUUGAUAGUUGUACAAAGGAUAGUAUUAGCAAUGGAAAAUCAUGGUUUUUACAAAAUGCUACCACAAAAGAAAAGGCUUGUUGUAUUGUUAAGAGUUUGCUCUCAAAGGUCUUAGAAUCAACGAGUUUCCCGCAGAAACUGCAUGUGAUAUAUUUAGUGAAUGACUUGCUUCAUCACAGUGCAAGGAAAAACGCAAAUGAUUUGAAGGAUGCGCUCGAAUCAGUCGUCGUGCCAAUGUUUUGCAACGCAAGCAUUGCUGCAACGGACGACCAAAGGUCGAAAUUGGACAAGUUACUGAAGCUCUGGGAGUCUAAAAAGAAUUACUUGAGCUCAGAAACGCUCAACAAAAUGCGAUCACCUGUUGAGAGUUACCAGGCACAUCAGGCAGAGCAAAUGACAAAAUAUGCCUCUGAAAUUGCAGCAUUAUCACAACAAACGAAAAACACUUUUGAAGGCUAUCAGGCUCAACAUCAGGCGUUUGUGUGUCACGCUAUGCAGCAAAUUAUGGAUCUACAGCAACAGAAGCAAACCUUGGAACAGCAACAGCUUCAACCGGCAGCUCCUGCGCCCCCUAGUGCACCGGCAACGCAACUCGAGUCGAUUCAAGUAUCGCUACAACAAACAAUUCAAAAUCUCAGCCAGGCUAACGCGUCAACAACCACGCAACCACCUCCAUACAAUGACGCAGGCGAAAACUACUUGAUGAACACGUCGAUACCACCUCCCAAUAUGCCUCCGGCAAAUCUGAACGCACCUCCGCCGACAAGUUUCAACUCGCCCCCAGACAUAACGCAACAGCCACCGCCGCUAACGUCGGCGCCUCCACCGUCGGCCGCCGUCGUCGCCCCGCCUUCCACCAACGGCAUCGACGGUGCGAAUCCGUUUUCGCAGCCGCCGCCCGGUUUUUACGCACCUCCGCCCGGCAUGUUUCCCGACUUUUCGAGGCCGCCGCCCGGUUUCCCGCCCAAGCCCGAACGGCAGCUCGAGGAAUUGAUGCCGACUGCACCGUACUACGAUCUGCCGGCCGGAUUGAUGGUUCCUCUGAUCAAGUUGGAAGACAGCACAUAUAAACCAUUAGAUCCUAAAGAUAUUAGGUUGCCACCGCCCGCGCCACCCAGUGACAGACUGUUGGCAGCCGUUGAUGCAUUCUAUUCACUACCGAGCCAUGAACGCCCACGAGACAGUGAGGGCUGGGAAAAGCUAGGUUUGUAUGAGUACUACAAGGCGAAGAACAAUGCCAAACGCCAGAAGGAGGAGCUGAUAGAAGCUGGACUGCGCGAACGGUCACGCAGUCCCAGUCCUAUCGUACUGACGUCCGACCGAGACCCGGCGCCGCCCAAGCGACGCUACCGCAGCAAGUCGCCAUCGCCGACUCCCUCUGCCCACAACAACAACAACGGUAACCAGUCUACUGGCAGCGUCAAGAGCGGCGGACGGAGAUCUAGGUCGAGGUCACGCAGUCGAAGCAGAUCGAGAAGCAGAUCGAGGAGUCCGCGAAGGAAUCGGCACAGCAGACGGCGGAGACGCAGUCACACCAGGUCUAGGUCCAGAUCACCCAGAACCAGAUCGAGGUCGCCGGUGAGGAGAUCGAUUUCACCACCGCCCAGUUUCAGUACUCCGAGUUAUCUGAGGCCCGAACCUCAAGAGCUGGACCCCUCUAACAAAGGUCACCAGAUGUUGAGGAAAAUGGGUUGGGGCGGCAGUGGUUUAGGUGCGAACGAACAGGGAAUAGACACUCCCAUUUCCGGUGGUGAUGUGAGGGACCGACAGGAUCAGUUCAAAGGCGUCGGUUGUAAUCUGAACGAUCCGUACGAGAACUUUCGGAAAAAUAAAGGUGCCGCGUUCAUCACGAGGAUGAAGGCUAGAGCGGAAGAAAGGGCGAAUGAGAGUAAGUUUUUAGUCGACAGAGGUAAGACUGGUGGAAAUGAAUAAUAAGACGAUAUGUGAGGCAACAAUGAGAGUUUGUUGAUCGUAAUUUUUUCUUAAUUUUUAGGAAACUUUCACGAUUGAACCUCGAAUAGGUUGUGUUCACUUCAAUUUAAUAGAAAUUGUAUAGUCAAUUGUAAUAUUACUUGCUAUGCAAACUUUUGAUGUAUGACUAAACCACUGUUUCUCUUUCGUAAUUUAUUGUAGGUAGUCUAGUUUUCGAAUGUACAAAUAUUGCUGUUUUGUAUAUAUUUUUAAGUGAUUAAUUAAUCAUUGUAAUUGAUGUAAAUGUGAGAAAAAUACAUUAAUUAUUUUUA